AUGACAUCCGGAAAUAAGAUCGAUCGAGCAAUUUUAUUCUCGCAAUGCCAAUUUUUUAUUGAUUAUCGUUCAAGUCAAAAUGGAUGUGAUCGGUCUCUUCGUUUAGGAAAUGAGUUAGAAAAAAAAUAUGGUGCUAAUAUUGUCGAACAACCACACGCUUCUUCAACAACGCAUAUCAUUUUUAAAAAUGGAAAUUUAGAAACGAAAUUAUAUGCAAAUAAAAAUAAUAUACCAUUGGUUGAUCCAAUGUGGUUAGAACAUUGUAUUAAAAAAAGAAGACUAAUUAAAAUUGAUAAAUAUCAAGUUGUCAAUGAUGAAAAUCAACAACCAGCAGAAGAACUUCCAUUCGAUCAAUUGGUAAUAUCAAAUAAGGAUCUAAUUGUGCCAUCUACACCUAAAAACAAGGCAGAGCAACUUCAAGAUGUGAAUAUUGAUUCAGGAAAAAAACCUAAAAAAGUUCUUUAUACGCCAAUACGUGGACAAUUUGAUGAAGGAAAUCCUCAUGAAUAUUUUGAUCAUCAAAAUCGUGUGAUAACACUUGAAAAUUUAGGAAUCAAUUUACCCGAUAGUAAUCAUGUAUUAAUUCAUCGAUAUGGAUGUAGUGUUGCUCGUCGACAAGUUCAAGAAAAUCCUCGUACUCAAUUUGAAUCAAAAGAUAAACAAUUGACUCCUAUGAAACUAGAAAAUUUACCAACAACAUCGAGUAUUCCAUCUCAAUCUCAAUCAUCGCCUAUUAUUCAUUUUGCUAAUAAUAUUCGUCAAAUUUCUAAUGCUAAAAUGCCUAUCACUGUUUCUCUUUCAACAACAUUUGAUUUUGAUAGUCAACAACAAUAUGCUGCACUGGGCGAUCUUCCUCAAUCAACUCCUCUAUCGUCGCCGAUAUUACGUCCAGCAUUGCGAUUAAAUAAUCUUGAUAAUUAUGAAUCAAAUGAAAUUUUAAUUGAAAAAAAUCUUGAAAAUCCGAAAGAAAAACAAUUGAUUACACCACUAAAGACAAUUGAUUACACAUCAUUUACUAAAGUAACACCUUUAGAUGAAAUAAAUGAUAAAACAAAGUCAAGAAUUACGUUUGAACUAUGUCAUAAUGAGGAUGAUGAAAGAGAUUUUGUUUUACCAAAUGUAAAACAAAUCAUUGAUGAACUUGAGACAUCAACAAAUAAUGAUCAAAUUAUUCCACGGCCACCACCACUUCUUGCACUUUCACAAAAUAUCCGAGCUAAACAUCCAGAACAAUUAAUCAAUACGAAAUUAGAUAAUCAAUUACCAUCUAUUAAAGAUUUACCAAAUGCACCCGCUAAUUAUUCAUUUGUUUUUUAUGAAUUUUCAUCGCCACAAUUAGAAGAAGCCAAACGAUUAACUCGUCGUAUGGGUGAUUGUUUUUCAUUUGAAACGAUUGACAUGACAAUAACACAUAUUAUUUUACCUGACGAUAAUCCACAAAUGACAUUAACACUUAAUCUUCUUCUUGCACUGAUUUAUGGAUGUCGUUUAGUGACAUUUGAAUGGUUAAAAUCGUCAUCACGUAUUGGUGAAUGGUUAAAUGUUAAUAAAUUUGAGCCGAAACGUUUUUUUCAAUCAAAUCCAUCAUUAAAUAUUUAUCGUAAAUCUCGGCUACAACAAAAACCAAUUUGUUUAUUUAAUAAAUGUGGUCUUAUCUAUUUAACGUCAAUAGCAAAACAGCGAUCAUUAUUACUUAAAUUGAUCAGCUUAUUAGGUGGAAAUAUUACUGUUAAUCGUAAUCAAGCAAAAAUUGUUGUUGGAUAUUCAUCAAAACCACUUCAAGUAAUUAUUUAUCCACAAGUUAAUGAACAAUGGGUUAUUGAUUCAAUUAAAUCAGGAGAAUGUCUUUCAACAGACGAUUAUCUCAUCGAAAAUAAUAAUAAUAAGUGCUCAACAUGA